UGGUUGGGCACAGGCCGCCCCUCUCCUGGGCUGUGGGGGACACACCUUUAUGUUCCUAUUUGCCCUGAGCAUAAGUGGCUGUGUCUCAUUCUGUGUCUCAUUUCUCCAUUAACAUUCCUUGCAGAUCAAUGGGAAAUGCCUGAUGGAGCUGCCAUACCUGUAACUACAAACUAGGGAAAGACCCAGGUUACUUCCCCUUGGAGAAACCAGGAGUGACAGAAGGAAUCGCUACAUGUUCAGUUGCGCGUCUCACCCACCAAUGAAGGGGAAACGGAUUAGGAAUUCUGCUGCUGCUUUGAGAUUGGUCGGCCGCUGAGCAGAAGAUGAUGAUGUUGGCAGGGAAGGGGCCCAUUUGGGUCCACUGGGUUCUGAUUUUGUGUCUUGGAGCGUGUGCCGAGGUGCUGACCAGAGCUACGGGCAGCAAACCUGCAGAAUUCGGCAAACGUUACACAGGGAUUGUGGAUAAGGACACAGAAGAACUUUACUCGUUCAGUUACACCAGCAAGAAUGGCACGGUGGAUGCACUCCGAGUCUUUGUAAAUUCUAAUUCCAUCAACUUGGAGUUCCCAGUGCUGUUUGUGGUGCGCCAGCAGAAAGCCAUCCUCUCCUGGCAGGUGCCAAUGGUCUUCAGAGGAAAUUUCCCAAGGAUGUACACUUACCAGGACGUGAGCCGCACGCUGUGUCCCGCCGAACCUCAGGAGGAAGCGGGGUCCCUGGAACAGUUUAUUUAUAUUGACAUCGCCUCCAUGUCGCCCUCUGUUGUUCAUUAUGAGCUCAUGGUCACCCGACUGCUUUACUUUCAGCUACAGACGUCUGUACCUUUCAACUUCAGUGCGUCGCCAUCUCAGCCUCAGUAUUUCCUCUACACGUUUCCCAAGGGUGUUGAUUCCGUCAUCAUCAAAGUGACAUCUCCUGAAAUCUACCCCUGCUCGGUGGUGUCAGUGCAGGAUAUUUCGUGCCCAGUGUAUGACCUGGACUAUAAUGUGGAAUUUAACGGCGUCUACCAGACUAUGACAAAGCAAGCCGCCAUCACUGUGCAGAGGAAGGACUACCCUGGGGGCAAGUUUUAUGUGGUUUUUGUCAUCAAACCUGAAGAUUAUACCUGCGGAGGCACCGUGCCACAGUCCACUCAGGGGUCAGGAAAUCACACCUGGAACCUGAAGAGGGUGAAACACCUGGAAGUGACCGUCAACCCAUCAAUAAAUGAAUCGGCGUAUAUUCAGGCUACACUUCUGUGUCUGCUCUACUUCCUGGUCUUCUAUGUGGGAUCACUACUGGUGGCUUUUGUGCACUAUAUAAGCAUCCACAGAAAGGAGAGGAACCUGAGGGGCAGCCCCGAUGAAGGUGAAGGUAGUGUGGCCGCCUCCCACCCCAUUACAACCAGUACCCCAGAGGGGAGCAGCUAUGGAGCAAUAGAUGAGUCCAGCCCCGGAGCCCGAAAGCUGACUCCUCCUCCCAUCCCUCGACCCCGGGUCUACUCAGACAGCUCCGCGGAUGAAGAGAGCGACUUUGAUGCCAUUCCAGAGAUGGAGAGCGACAAGAACGUCAUUCGGGCAAAGACAUUCCUAUAUGUGUCGGAUCUGGCAGUGAAAGACCGCAGGGUCGUUAGCAAGAAGUACAGGAUUUAUUUUUGGAACAUAAUCACCAUUGCAGUGUUCUACGCACUGCCUGUCGUCCAGUUGGUUAUCACGUACCAGACGGUGUUGAACGUGACGGGUAACCAAGACAUCUGUUACUAUAACUUCCUAUGUGCCCAUCCGCUGGGUGUUCUCAGCGCCUUCAACAAUGUCAUGAGCAACAUGGGUCACGUCUUGCUGGGUUUCCUCUUCUUACUCAUUGUCCUCCGCCGAGACCUUCUGCACAGGCACCUUCUUGAGGUCAAUGACACCUAUGUCACGGAUUAUGGCAUCCCCAAACAUUUUGGCCUCUUUUACACAAUGGGUGUGGCCCUCAUUAUGGAAGGUGUGCUUAGCGCCUGCUACCAUGUCUGCCCUAACUACUCCAAUUUCCAGUUUGAUACGUCCUUCAUGUACAUGAUCGCUGGGCUGUGCAUGCUGAAACUGUACCAGACGCGUCAUCCGGACAUCAACGCCAGCGCCUACGCGGCCUACGCCUCCUUCGCCCUGGUCAUCUUCCUCGCAGUCAUGGGAGUGAUAUUUGGCAAGGACAACAUCUGGUUCUGGGUGAUAUUUUCCAUUGUCCAUGUGGUGGGUUCCCUAGCGCUCAGCACUCACAUCUAUUACAUGGGGCGUUUUAGGAUCGACGUGUCCAACACAGAUUUUGGCAUUUUCAAGCGCAUCACCCAGGUGCUGUACACAGACUGUAUGCAGCAGUGUAGCCGGCCUAUGUAUAUGGACAGGAUGAUUCUGCUGAUUGUGGGAAACAUUGUCAACUGGCUCUUCGCCAUAUUUGGCCUGGUGUUCCGGCCUCGAGACUUUCCCUCCUACCUGCUGGGCAUUUUCAUCUGCAACCUGCUGCUUUACCUGGCGUUCUACAUCAUUAUGAAGUUGCGCAGCUCAGAGAGGAUCCAGAUGUUGCCGCUCUUCUGUAUCAUUGCCACAGCAGUUAUGUGGGCUGCUGCCCUGUACUUCUUCUUCCAGACCCUCAGCAGCUGGGAGCAAACACCCGCUGAAUCCAGAGAGAAGAACCGCUCUUGUAUCAUCCUGCACUUCUUUGAUGACCAUGAUAUUUGGCACUUUCUCUCGGCAACGGCCAUGUUCUUCUCCUUCCUGGUCCUCCUCACACUGGAUGAUGAUCUGGAUGUUGUACGCAGAGAUAAAAUCCCAGUGUUUUAAGUGAAGACCCUUCACCAAUGGACUUCUCCUCCAUGGAUCAAGAAGCUUGAUUACAAGCUGAAGCUGCUCGAGUAAAGCACUUUGCAGCUGUCCAACAGAAAGGAUUGGAUAGGAUGAUGGUGCCAAUAGUUGGGAAAAAGUUUCAUCCUCUCCUCAGCCAACCAGUCUGCUGAUCAAAGGAUUAUACAUACUGCCUACAAUUACUGCCAAACCCAGGGCUUGAUUCAGGGCCACCUGGGAGCUCAGCCCUAGCUUUUAUAUUACUGCACAAUUUAUUUGAUGUUCUAAAAUGCGGGAAUCAGAUUUUCACAUACGUGUUUCCAUAACUUAUGUCCUUCCCCAGGGCAACCACAGUGUGAAGCAUGUCAGCAGAUUUUGCUGGCUGAGUGAGUAGUAGAAUCCAACCCCAAUGUUUUUAUCCAGGACUUCAGAAAGAAAAGAUAGCAGAUAACUUUUAAAAGUGAUGGUCAAUCAGAUCUGAAAAAAUAACCAAUAGGACAACAUUACCACUGGAGAUUUUUGGGUACUUUUUGCACAGCCUUGAUUUGCUGAAUCCACUUUCAGAUCUGCUCUAACUUUACCCACAAACCCAAGUAAAACAGCUGGAAACUUGCUGAUUCUACUGGGAUUUUUUGUUUUUCCCAUUUGAAAUUUUCUUUGUCCUGACAUUACCCGUCUGGGUGCCAAGGGUGAACUGUGUCACCUUGCGUGGAGUGUGGCUGCUCAUUAUGUUGUGACUGCUGAGUUUGGUGUGAACUUUACAAAGUAAAUGUAUGUGCUUGUUGCUUCAAAGUUCAACGUACUUGGGUUCAAACCAUGUACUGCUUGUAUCCUUCCUGCCAUUGUUAUGGAGACAGUUAAUACAUUUCUUCUCUUGCAUUUAUACAUUUUUCCACGAGAUUCGCGGAUACUUUAUACAGUUUUGCACAGUGCGAGUAAGACUUUUUUUAAGCUUGUAAUUUAUUUAAAAAUGCUUAAUAUAACAACACAUCAGAUGUUUGCCUUGUCCUAAACUGUGCCACAAAUGUACUAAACCUAUCACUGCAGACUUUCAAAGAAAUGAGUCCAUUAUUUUGUGACAGCUGUCUCGGGCUGGUUUAUUUGGUCACGUUCCUUGUGGAGCUUUGCUUAGCUGCCUGUUCCCAGUGAUGUCACAUUGGAGCCUGUACAGCUGAAUAUAUGAACUUUACCACAUUAUAUAGCUAAGGGGUUUGUUUACUCUUGGGGGCAUAUUUAUCAAAGGUCGAGUGAGUUUUUUUUUACCUCAAAUGACCUCGAAACUCGAAUAGUAUAUUAUUUAGGAGAAAACUUGGAUGUCUAAAACUCAAACUAAUAUUAACGACCUGAAAACUAGAAUUGAAUACUCUGAAAAAAACUUGAAUGUCAGGAAGGCUAUUAACAUCUUCAAUUAGGUUACUGGUCCUCUGCCAUGGACUUCUACCUGAACUCGACAGGUUUUGGGUGCCGUACUAUCGAAUUCAAGUUGUUCCCAGGGUUGAGUUUUGACCAAAAAUCCAACUCGAAAAUUCAAAUUCGAAUUUACCAUUCGGACCUUAAUAAAUCUGCCCCCUUUUUUUUUUUUUUUCAAAGAUAUUGAUUUACAUCAAACAGGUAAUUUCCCAAUUCAGUCAAGAACAUAACAUUUGAGUGAAUACAACAACAAAUUGGAGCCUUAAUCAAAUUUGCACAAAAUCUAGAAUAACUAUUUUAAAAAUGAGUCCCUUAAAUCUAGCGAUUUAAAUGUAAAACAUUUUAUUCAGUUGAGGAUUAGGCUGAGGGUUAAGAUGAAUUCUGGAUUUGGCACAUUAAAACAUGGUGUCUUUAAUAUUUGACUUUUUAUAAAUCACAGUGAUCUGCAACCGUGUUUUAUCACUUCCAUUCAUAUAAAAUGCCAACAUUUGACAGUAGUGUACCAAAAAUAUUUGGACACUAUAGUUUCCUGCCUCCCAGAGUUUACAGUUCAAAUACUGGCGACUGCAGAACUCCAUAAGCUACUUGCCUGAUUUCAACCGCUGAUACCAAACUCUCCUCUAAUCAAAUCAUUUACUUUUUUAAACCAAUCAGAAUGGUGGGUUUCAUUUAAAAUGCUGUACAUAACAAAAUACUAUCUCAGAAAGUAGAAGUUUUUAAGUCAUGGGUUUUGUACAUCAUUAAAUUUGCUCGACAUAUGUCAUUUUAAGAAAAAGUCAGUUCUUUAGAUUCAAAAAAACCCUUGACUUUUGGGAAUACUACAGAAAAUCCCAACAAAAUUGAGAAUUUUGGUGCCACAGUCUACUCCACACAACUUAUAUAUAGAUCUGCAAAAUUUAUGUGACAAUAUACCACAUUUGUUGUAUUGAAAUGACAAAACUAAUUUUAAAUUCAUCCGACAUUGUAACAUGAUAAAGGAGUUUAGAAAUCUUUUCAAUUUUGUCUUUAUUGCCAAAAACUUUCUAAUAAAAUUCUUUUGGAAUGUA